AUGGCAGGUGGAAAUCAGGCAGUGAACCUCAACCCGCCCUACGCUCAGGAGCACCUCUCCACCAAUGGCUCCGACUGGCUGUGGACAGUGUUCUCUAUUAUGGGUCUUGGUACCCUUCUGGCUGCGGUUGCGACAAUCAUGAGGCCUCGUGGAACGCGUCUCUUCCACCAGCUCGCUGUCAUCGUCUUGACGACGUCGAGCAUCGCAUACUUCUCCAUGGCUUCUGACCUCGGCGCGACCCCCAUCACUGCUGAAUUCCGCGGCGACGAGACUCGUCAGAUCUGGUAUGUUCGCUACAUCCAGUGGUUCAUCAACUUCCCCACCAUCAUCCUCGGUUUGCUGCUCGCCACCGGCCUGCCGCUCUCUGACAUCGUAACGACGCUUUUCAUGUCCGUUGUCGUUGUUGUCUCCGGUCUGGUCGGCGCCCUCGUGCACAGCACCUACAAGUGGGGUUACUACACCUUCGGCUGCGUCGCGCUCAUCUAUCUCUGGUACGUGCUUCUCUGGCACGCACCCGCCUCCAGUUUCGCCGCAGGCGGAGUGGUUCGCCGGGGCUACUACCUCGCCACGGGCUACUUCUCCUUCAUCCUGAUCACCUACCCGAUCUGCUGGGCGUGCGCGGAGGGCGGCAACGUCAUCACCGUCACGUCCGAGAUGAUCUGGUACGGCAUCCUCGACAUCCUCGCGGGCCCCGUCUUCCUCGCGUGCUUCCUCUGGACCCUCCGCGGCAUCGACUACAAUGCGCUCGGCUUGCACUCAGGCAAGUUCGUCGACCAUGGCGCGGCGGGCUCGGCCGUCCGCGGCGAGAAGGGUGCUGCCCCCGUGGCAGAGGUUCCGCCUGUUAUUCCCGCUGGCGAGCAGGCGGCAUAA